AGGUACAACCAGAACAACUUGGUCUAACUCCUCCAUGCAGCCAAAAGAAUAAAAGGCCUGGUUAUGUUCCUGAAAUUACCCAUUUCAGUCCAGCUCUCACAGACUUCACAAGGGAACAGCUUGUUAUAGGUAAAAAGGGUUUAAAGGAUGGCAUUCUUCCAGAAAUUUCUCCAGAAAAUUAGUGAUGAUGACAGUAGCAAGGGUUUUAAAGGUUCUCCUACGGAGACAGCGUACUUUGGAACAGUCAAGGCUGAUCCAAACUUUAAUGCCCAAAAUGAUGCUGCAAAAUUGAAGAAAGCCAUUGAGACCAAAGGUGUGGAUGAAGCCACUAUUGUGGAGGUUCUAGCAAAGAGGAGCAAUGCACAAAGACAACAGAUCAAAGCAGCUUAUCAGCAGGAUACAGGAAAACCUCUGGUAGAUGCACUGAGAAAAGCUCUCAAGUCAGAUUUUGAGGAGGUGGUUCUGGCCUUGCUGAUGACACCGCCUGAGUAUGAUGCUUUUGAAAUAAAAAGAGCCAUGAAGGGUCUUGGAACAAAAGAAGCUGUCUUAAGUGAAAUUUUAGGGACCAGAUCAAACAAGGAGAUCACAGCGAUGAAAACUAGUUUCAAAGAAGUCUAUGGAGAACUGUUGGAGGAAGAUCUUAAAAGUGAAAUUAGUGGACAUCUCGAAACUGUCCUGCUUGCCCUUUGCAAGGCUACCAGGAGUGAAGACUAUAACAUUGACGAUGGGCUUGCAAAGAGUGAUGCAAAGGCUCUGUUUGAGGCAGGAGAGAAUCGGGUUGGUACUGUUUGCUCUGUCCUGAUUGAUGUCCUCACAUCCAGAAGUGAAGCUCAGCUGUGCAAAAUUUUCAAGUAUUACGGCCAAUACAGCAAGCAGGGUCUAGCCAAAGCUCUGGAGAGUGAGCUUCAUGGAAACCUUGAAGACUGUCUGAUGACUCUGGUGAAGUCUGCUUGGAACAAACCUGCCUUAUUUGCUGAAAAGCUCCACCUGGCUAUGAAGGGGAUAGGAACCAACACUGACACACUGACUAGAAUCAUUGUGAGUCGUUCAGAAAUUGACCUGCUGAAAAUCAUUCAAGAAUACAAAAGGAUGUAUGGCAAAACCCUUCAGGAGGCUAUUCUGAAGGAAACAAGUGGAGAUUAUGAGAAGAUUCUGCUGGCUCUAUGUGGAACUCAAUCUCGCAAGAUGGCUUUUUUGCAGAAACUUUUCCAGCAAAGUAAUGAGGAAAAGGGUUUUAAAGCUGCUCCUGCUGUUGAGACAGGAUACCUUGGAACAGUUAAGGCUGAUCCAAACUUCAAUGCCCAGAAUGAUGCUGCAAAAUUAAAGAAAGCCAUUGAGACCAAAGGUGUGGAUGAAGCCACUAUUGUGGAAGUUCUAGCAAAGAGGAGCAAUGCACAAAGACAACAGAUCAAAGCAGCUUAUCAGCAGAGUGCAGGAAAACCUCUGGCAGAUGAUUUGAAAAAGGCUCUGAAGUCAGAUUUUGAGGAGGUGGUCCUGGCUUUGCUGAUGACACCGCCUGAGUAUGAUGCUUUUGAAAUGAAAAGAGCUAUGAAGAAUCUUGGGACAAAUGAGAAUGUCCUAAGUGAAAUUCUGGGGACCAGAUCAAACAAGGAGAUUGCAGCAUUGAAGAAUACUUUCAAAGAAGUCUAUGGAGAGAUGCUGGAGGAAGAUAUUAAAUGUGAAGUUAAAGGAGAUCUUGAGACUACCCUUGUUGCCCUUUGCAAGGCUACCAGGAGUGAAGACCGUAACAUUGACGAUGGAAUGGCUAAGAGUGAUGCAAAGGCUCUAUUUGAGGCAGGAGAGAAUCGGAUCGGCACUGUUUGCUCUGUUCUGAUUGACAUUCUCACAAACAGGAGUGAAGCUCAGUUGUGCAAAAUUUUGCAAUAUUAUGGCCAAUUGAGCAAAGAUGGUUUGGCCAAAGAUCUGGAGGGUGAGCUACAUGGAAGCUUUGAAGACUGCCUGAUGACCUUGGUGAAGUCUGCUUGGAACAAACCUGCCUACUUUGCAGAAAAGCUCCACCUGGCAAUGAAGGGACUGGGAACCAACACUGACACGCUGACUAGAAUCAUUGUGAGUCGUUCAGAAAUUGACCUGCUGAAAAUCAUUCAAGAGUACAAAAGGAUGUAUGGCAAAACCCUUCAGGAGGCCAUUUUGAAGGAAACAAGUGGAGAUUAUGAAAAGAUCCUGCUGGCUCUCUGUGGCACUCAAUAAACACAUCUGUUAGUUGAUUAGAGGGGCGUGUGCAUGACCCAUGUAAACACUUAAUCUCCUCAGGGUGUGGCUCUUCAGGAGUGUUUCAUUAAAACUCUUUUUGCAA